UUGAAGGUGGGCCAAAGGACUGGCUUUGAGACGAGUGCUUCACAGUAGUCUGCUGCCACUCAUCUCUGCUUGUCAGAUUUUGAAGUCUUAGGUCAUUGCUCACCAUAGCAGACAAAACUCAAAACACCUUGAUGUCAAAAAACAGCAUCCCCUGAAUGUCCUAUGGGGAUAUUUGCACCUAGUGUCUCAAUUCAAAGAUGCAGCUAAGCACACGACAGGAGACUAACUACAUAUCUGACCUUUAUUUUUGGUCACGUCAGGGAUGGAAACCAUGUUUGGACUCAGAAAACACAGAUCAGGUCAUUUUAUUUGCCCCAGGCAGCCCUGAAUGUAACAAGUGAUGCCAACUCGACAUGAUUUCAUUAUGUGGAUAAGAAAAGUGUGAAACUAAUUCUUGUACAGUGUUUUUAAAUAAAUUUCUAACCAUCAGAAAUUCCAUCUGACAGUGUUUGGAAAAGUUGUGGCAAAGUUAAACUGUGGGAGUGUGCCGAAGGUGUUUUUUCUGUUGCUGGCUCUGCUUAUAGGCUUAGAGAGGAGCAAAACGGGAGGCCAAGUAUGAAGCAAGGGCAUCAGUGGGUCGAUGUGUGCUGCUUCCAGCUGACACAAAGAAUAUUUGCAAUCUAAUCUCCAUGUACUGUUAUGUAACCCUUAACUAUCCAGAUAUGCUGGCAUGAAGGGAUCCUUUGUAGGGCUGACCCUGGCCAAAACCAGCUUGUCUCCAAAGACAGGAGAACAAAUCUACCCUGUCACUGGAGAGAUGUUUUUGUUGGACUGUAGCAGUUGUAUCUUGUGAGGGAGUAAUUUCCCUCUGGGAACUGUGGGGGUUCAGUUUCAGCUCCCAGUUGGAAAUUACACGUUUGUAUCAGAGAUACAAAGCUGAAAAUUGCAAAUACUCUGGUCAAGGUACCUGGCAUGUCCAUCCACAGACUUCCAUUUGACAAGAUUUGCAGUCUGUGUUGAUGGAUCAUAAUUGGCGGUCAUGUUUAAUUAGGUUAUUUAUACGGUAUAUUUAAAUUCAGUAAAAUCUAAAAUAAUAAAAUGUGUUUCCAAAGGCUCUAAUGGCAGCAGGGAACUACAACUAAUUUACCUCAACAAAUGGAGUUGCCAAGUUGAUUUGGAAUUGUAGAUGCUAUAGUGUCCAUUUCCUGGCACACUUUGAGGAUGUCUUGUCCAUGUUGUUUUAAAAAUUGGGAUUAAAUGUUCAGUCUUGGCAUUGAUCAAAGCUGCUGACCAGACGGUGUGUUUGUCAGCUGCAGACAAUGUCAAGAAUGAACUUUCAGUUUCAACAUGAAGGUACAUCAGAUAGAAGAAACACAAGAUAUUAGAAAUAUCAGACAUUCAGUGCAAAGUGAGUUCUUGCCUAUAAUCCCAGAAUUGUAGAACAACGUAGUAUAAUUCUGCAAUUACAAUUGGGGAUUGGGAAAAAUGUGGGAUAAACCUUAAACUUGGGCAACUGUGGCCUCAGCUAGUGUGUCCUGUGUGGAGAUGAUCUGGGGUGCUUUGCAGGAAGGCACUGCAUAAAUGCAGCUAUUUUUAAAUGACCACUCUGGUUGAUUGAUGGGAUACUAAGUAAAACAAAACAAUCAAAAAGAAUUGUUUAACAGUGAUCUUCAGUCUUUAUCCCAAUCAUUUUGUGACCCUGAAAUUUUGAAAUUUAAUGCUUUAGAGCAUCGAGAUGCUGGCUAAUGCUGAAAGACAGUAUUUGAGGUGUUAGUUUAUUGAACCAGGUGUUUACUCGGGGCUCCGGGGCUCGUCAGGAGCGUGGGUUGUCCCCUCAAGCCCCACGUGCUCCGUGUUUGCAGGUUCUUACGCAACCUCACUGUUUUCAAGCAGGACUAGUAAGGCCGAUGCGUGCGUGAGAGGUCUUCGGGUCUUUGUGACACUGACACAAACCAUCCCGCUGGAGCCAGGCGGAGGAACAUCGUCCAGGGUGCUUUUCACUUGCUAGAGGCGGAACGGGAGUUGAGAAAUCCGGGCCCCGCUGCUGUGUUCGUCUCCACCGUCAACCGCAGCCCUUCCGCAGCUGCGCUCACGGCUCCAGUCAGUUCAUUUAACGGCGCCACACGAAGAAAUCGCUGGGACUAUGUGAGAAACAUGCUGGCUGUGAGGUGCCUGCUGUUCGCUGCAGCGUGUGCACGGUGCGCCGUGACAGGUCUGGAGGAAUGGGUGAGUCUGGAAGGAAGACUACCGUCUGCAAAAGUGGUCGUUCAGCCCAAGCGGCUCCUGCAGCAGAUCCAUUCCCCGGAGGAGCUGCUCCACAGCCGCCUGGACACCCGGGUCAAAAACUACACAGCGGGGGUGCAGCCAGUCCAUCUGUCCCAGAGCAGCUUCCUGGUGGAGGCCUUCGGCUCCUCCUUCAUCCUUGAUCUGGAGCUCAACCACAAUCUCCUGUCCACGGACUAUGUGGAACGUCACUAUGACAACGAUGGACAGCUGUCACAGAAUAUGGGAGGAGAGCACUGCUACUACCACGGGUGUGUGCGGGGGCUGCCAGGCUCCUGGGCUGCUCUUUCCACCUGCCAUGGCCUACAGGGGAUGUUUUCUGAUGGGAACUUCUCAUAUGGGAUUGAACCUGUUGGCAGUGAGGAGGAGCAGAAAGACCACAUCCUGUAUCGUAUGCCGGACAUUGACCUGUUCCCACUUCCCUGUCCAGGAUGCUCGGUGAACAGCACAGAGAGGCAGACGGGCAGUCACAGCGAAGGAAUGUUGAACGACAAAGAUGGCAGGUCUGAAGAAGAGAAACCUGUCUUUACAAAAGGACUGAGACGCUCAAAAAGACAAGUGAGGCGAGGCCAGCGCACAGUCCAGACUGAGACUAAGUACAUUGAACUCAUGGUUGUCAAUGACCACGAACUGUUUGUCCAGCUCCGUCGGUCGACCACGCAGACGAAGAACUUUGCCAAAGCAGUAGUGAACAUGGCCGAUGCAAUUUACAAAGAGCAGCUCAACACUCGCAUCAUCCUGGUGGCCAUGGAAACCUGGUCGUCUGAAAACAGGGUCUCCGUGGGCGACGACGCCUUGCUCACGCUGCGGGAUUUUAUGAAAUACAGGAAGGAGAGCAUCAAGGAGCGCUGCGACGCUGUGCACCUCUUCUCUGGGAGGACGUUCAUGAGCAGCCGCAGCGAGGCAGCCUACAUCGGAGGCAUCUGUUCACUCACCAGGGGUGGAGGCAUCAAUGAGUUUGGCAGCGUGGGUCCCAUGGCCAUUACAUUGGGUCAGAGUCUUGGCCAGAACAUCGGCAUGCAAAGGAGCAAGGACCGAACAGCUGCAGGAGACUGCAGGUGUCCUGAUCCGUGGCUGGGCUGUAUUAUGGAGGAUACAGGUUACUACCUCCCCAGGAAGUUCUCUCGCUGCAGUAUAGACGAGUACCUGCGGUUCCUCCAGCAGGGAGGAGGAAGCUGCCUCUUCAACAAGCCCAGCAAGCUGUUAGACCCAUCAGAGUGUGGCAAUGGAUACGUAGAGCUGGGAGAGGAAUGUGACUGUGGAUCACUAGUCGAAUGUGCCCAGAGUGGAGCCAACUGCUGUAAGAAGUGUACUCUUACCCAUAAUGCCAUGUGCAGCGAUGGGCUCUGCUGCAGGGACUGUAAGUAUGAGCUGAGAGGGGUGACCUGCCGUGAUGCUUUCAAUGACUGUGACAUUCCUGAAACCUGCACAGGAGACUCCAGCCAGUGUCCUCAUAAUGUCCAUAAACUGGAUGGUUACAUGUGUGAAGCUGGCCAGGGUCGUUGUUAUGGAGGUCGCUGUAAGACCAGAGAUGGCCAAUGCAGGACUCUGUGGGGCUACAACUCAGCUGACAGGUUCUGCUAUGAAAAGCUGAACUCUGAGGGCACAGAAAUGGGCAACUGUGGUCCGGACUCCAGUGGUCAGGGAUGGGUGCAGUGCAACAAGCAAGAUGUCCUAUGUGGUUUGCUGCUCUGCACCAAUCUGACAGCUAAGCCGAGGUUUGGCGAGCUGCAGGGGAAGCUCACCAGUCUAACAUUCCACCAUCAGAACAGAUACCUAGAUUGCAGGGGAGGCCAUGCAGUGCUGGAUGAUGGCCUGGACCUGGGCUACGUGGAGGACGGGACGCCAUGUGGGCCAAACAUGAUGUGUUUGGAGCGUCGUUGUCUCCUAGUUACCACGUUCAACCUGAGCUCCUGCCCAGGCUCCUCAUUCUCACGCAUCUGCUCCCACCACGGGACUUGCAGUAAUGAGAUGAAGUGUAUCUGUGAUCCAGACUACACUGGGAAGGACUGUAGCGUGUUUGACCCCAUUCCCAUCCCAACCUCGCCAGACAGCCCUGAAAAAUACAGAGGUCCCAGUGGUACCAGUAUCAUAAUAGGUUCAGUUGCUGGUGCAAUUCUGGUGGCAGCGAUCGUCCUGGGGGGAACUGGCUGGGGAUUUAAGAACAUCCGAAGAGGAAGGUACGAUCCUGCUUUUCAGUGCUGAUCCAAAAUAUCAUCCUUGAUCACCAUCCAUUUUUUAAGAGUUCUCUGCUUAUUUAUCUUCUGAACAGAUAUUUCAAAGCCCACACACACAAGUGUCACCAUCAUAAUUUUUCAUCUUUCAGACUUUGAUAAUAUUUAUUUGAAUAGGGAUGAGUAUAUAGUGUAAUGCAAUGCCACACGCCACAGUAUUUGUAGGGUAAUAAGGUAGUUUGUAUAGGCCUUUUCAAAAUACACAAAACUCAAUUCACCUCAAUUAUAAACUGUAUAUUUACUUGUGCAGCAGCUAAGGAGCAGUUCAGAAAACGGCUGUAUAUCCUAGUUUGUCCCAUUAUCACUUGUGGUGCAUGUCCCCUCACUAACAUGACUGACAUUCAUAGAGUAGAGCUGCUGUGUCGACUGUAUUUUCCAUUUCAUUAAACUUUCUGUAAUAAAAGGUGAGCGUUUAAUUUUUUUGCUUUGUG